UUAAUGAUGGUUAUACAUGCUAACUAGUAAAUGAGGAUGGUGGGAUACCAAUGAAGGUUGUGAGAUUUCUCUUUUUGUUUUUUUCAAGGGGUCAUCAGUCAUGACCGCUCAGCAAGGAAAACACUGAACCAGUCAGGAAUGCCGAAAAGAAAUUUGGUCGUACGUCAUCAGGAGCUGCUCAAGAAACUCUGCCCCAAAAUCACACCAAUAGGUUUGGUCCUCGUUUGUGAAAAGCUCAACAGACCAUAUUAUUCUAUUGCUGAUUUCACUCAGCUUGAUUCUGCUUACGGUCUCCCUAUAUCAACUUGUCUGAAGUUUAAGAUUCUAGUCCAACAUGACCAACUCCAUGGCCUCAAGAUUUCGUGUGAAAAAGCUUUCUCCAAAGCAUCCACUUCCCAUAUACAGAGAGUCUCAGCUCUCAGGUCUUAUGGAUCCCGCAAAUAUGCAGCGGUCCGUCCCUCAGAUAGAGACAGGUGUUGAGAAAGAAGAGGAGGAGGAGCAUGACCUUCAGGCGGCCAUCUCGGCGGCUCAGGCGGCGGUAACCACAGGUGCCAAAGUGGAGACUUAUAUUCCCACUCCCGACGCCUCUCACACAAUCGAUGAUAGCAAGUACCAUGUACUCUAUAAGAGAAUAUUCAAAGAGCCUUCCACAUUUGUCCGUUUUUCGUCUGUCGUUGAAGAUACAUGCGGUUGUCCUUAUGUGAUGGACGAAGACGACGAAGCAUUUUUGAAACAAUUGAACAGUCGGCUGCAUACCUCGCUUUCUGAGGACGACUUUGAACAGAUCAUGUGGCAGUUUGAAUCUAUAGCAGAUAAACAUUACCCUCACCUUGACCUUGAUCUAUCCCAAAUUCCUCCCUACCAAGAAUUGGUAUCCUAUGCGUUAGAAUAUUCUUUACUUCGUAAACGGUCGGAUACUGAGCCGGUCUAUGCUCAUUGGAAACAAAGACGGCAAAGGCGAGAGGGAAAACCCGUCAUUCCUCGUCUUCGAUUUGAAGAUAUCAUAAGGAACGAAAUUGAUCCAUACGUUUGCUUCCGUCGGCGGGAAGCACGACCCGUUCGUAAAACCAGACGUACAGAUCAACAAUCACUUGAACGACUGCGGAAACUGCGCACGGAAAUGGAAAUGGCACGUAAUUUGUUGGAAAUGGUUUUGCGACGAGAAAAGAUUCGAAAAGAGGAUUUGGUGCUUGAACAUACCGUGUUUGACAAAAAAUGUAAAUUCCGCGAAUAUCAACGUGCUCUUGGGAUCAAAGAAGAGGACGAUCUUUUAUUUGUUCCCAAGAAAAAGCGCAGAGUCAUGUUGGAUUCUGGUUCAUCGGGUACUACUAUCAAAAUACCGCUUCAUCGACUGAAGCGAGAAGAUUUCCAGAAAAAAUCACAGCUGCAGCUUGUCAUUGACUCUGAUCUUGCUCGCAAAAGGGAAUUGGACGCUCCUUACGAGGAUAUUACCGAUUCACCUUAUCAACCAUUUUCUCCGUCGCUGCCUUCACGGUUUUACAAAAAGCUGUCAGAGGGAACCCGAUCGCACUACCGCAAACGGCUGGGACGAUGCGGGCGUAUCUUCAUUGAUCGUGUGAAUUCCAAACCUCGAUCUCCUGGUCACAAAUUAUCUGAUCGCUAUCAAUUCGAUUCCGAUAUAUCCAGCGAUGAAGAAUCUAAUGAUUGCUCCGUCGAUGAAAUGCAAAAUCGGUUUCUGCGCCAUCGUGUGCAACUUCUCUCUGAAGUUGAACUCCGAAGUCUUGUUACCAUUCCAUUUUUGACCCCUUUGAGUAUGAUGAGCAGCACUAUUCACGCCGCUAAUCAAAGGGUCAACACCCAGCAACGAAUAUCGGGCAUUCGUACCAAUGGAUCUCAACCCCAAUCUCCUCAGCUGUCUCCUCUACCUUUAAAACGACAGAACAGCCGACUGAAAUUAACGCCGCAACAAGCAGCGGUUGCUAUGACAAACGACAUGAUUGUGGCGAAUAUGGCAGCAGUGGUAAGUGGUGCAACCAGUCAACACAGAAAUGCUGUUCAAUUCGCCAUGGCAGCAAAUCAACAACAACAACUGCAUACCAAUGGAGGUACUUUGCUUCUUCAAACAAGUUAACAUUUAAAAAGCUAAUUCUGAUAUUUUCUCAGCGUCGAUUCAUGCUUCUCCUAUGAUAACUAACCAUCAUUCUUCCUCAUCCGCUCAUUUAAAUGUCUCAUCGCAAACAUCCAUGCCGCGACAGCCUACUCAAGUGUUGUAAUAGCAUGCUUCCUGUAAAAUUUUUUCAUUCAUCAUUUCACAUGGACACCGGAGGUGCAAUCAUAUGAAUAUCGUAGUCAUACAUGCGCUUCCUAGAUAACGACCCAACUCUGUACAUGAUUCCCCUUUUUUUAUUCCAUGCCAUUAUUCUUAUAUAUUAUGAACGCACCUAUAAACAUAGCUUCUGUUUAGGAAAUCGCAUACCACCUAUAGGAUGGCUGUCUCUUUAUAUUUGUACCAUUCCCUUUGUUGUGCUUGAUUGUGCUUUGAAAUUUUAUUAGUGUAAUCGAGGUAUUCAGAAUCUAGUAGACCGCAAUUGCGAGUUUGACAAUAAAUGAAGAGACAUCAC